CGCUGAUUUGCUCGAUGCCAUUUCAAACUGAAAACGACACCGUAAUAGCUAAUGCGAAAUCUUAUUUCCAGUUUCUUCUUCAGCUUGCUUCUCCUUCUGCAGUUGUUGCUUUUCUUUCUAUUCACCUCUCCCUUCCUUGUGGGCAAAAUAUUCUCAAACAAAAUAAUUAAUCCAGUGCAAACAAAAACAAUCUCCAAAUCAUGAGCACGGCACCAGCUACCCAAUCACUAGCCUUCCGUGUAAUGCGACUAUGCCGUCCAUCUUUCCACGUCGACACUCCUCUCCUUCUGGACCCCUCCGAUCUCAUUCUUGGUGAAGACAUCUUCGACGAUCCUCUCGCCGCCACUCACCUCCCUCCACUCAUCGACACCCACCUCACCAAUCCGAUCGACUCCUCCGAUCUAAGUUACCGCUCUCGAUUCCUCCUCCAAAACCCCUCCGAUUCCUUCGGUCUCUCUGGCCUCCUCGUCCUCCCUCAAUCCUUCGGGGCGAUUUAUUUGGGAGAGACGUUUUGCAGUUACGUUAGCAUUAAUAACAGUUCUAAUUUUGAAGUUAGAGAUAUUGUUAUUAAGGCUGAAAUGCAAACGGAGAGACAAAGGAUUUUACUGCUAGAUACCUCAAAAACACCUGUUGAAUCAAUUCGAGCUAGUGGCCGUUACGAUUUUAUUGUUGAACAUGAUGUGAAAGAACUCGGAGCUCAUACGUUGGUUUGUACUGCUUUGUAUACUGAUGGUGAUGGUGAAAGGAAAUAUCUGCCGCAGUUUUUCAAGUUUAUUGUUGCAAAUCCGCUUUCGGUUAGGACUAAGGUCCGUGUAGUCAAGGAAACUACAUAUUUAGAGGCAUGCAUUGAGAAUCACACAAAAACAAACCUUUACAUGGACCAAGUUGAGUUUGAGCCAGCUCCAAAUUGGAGUGCAAAAAUUCUAAAAGCUGAUGAACACAAAUCUAAGGAUAAUUCUCCAUCCAGGGAAAUAUUCAAGCCACCUGUCCUUGUUAAAUCUGGUGGAGGAAUUCGCAACUAUCUUUACCAACUGUCAUUGUCCUCACAUGGUUCAGCAGAGAGUAAUGUUCUUGGUAAGCUUCAGAUAACAUGGCGCACAAAUUUAGGUGAACCUGGUCGCCUACAGACACAGCAAAUACUUGGCACUCCCAUCACGCCUAAGGAGAUAGAGUUACAUGUUGCUGAGGUUCCAUCUGCCAUCAACUUGGAUAGACCAUUUUUGGUACACUUGAAUCUCACAAACCAGACGGAUAGAGAAUUGGGCCCUUUUGAAGUUUGGUUGUCACAAGAUGAUACUCUCGAUGAGAAAACUGUUAUGAUUAAUGGUCUCCAAACAAUGGAAUUAUCCCAGUUGGAAGCAUUUGGUAGCACAGAUUUUUACUUGAACCUCAUUGCUACUAAGCUUGGAGUCCAGAAAAUAACAGGCAUUACAGUAUUUGACAAAUCAGAGAAGAAAACUUAUGCCCCAUUGCCUGAUUUAGAGAUAUUCGUGGACAUGCAUUGAUCAGUUGGACCUCCUUAUCCAUUUUCUAUGCUGUGAGGAGCUGUCCAUCCAUGGAGCAAAACGUGUUAAUAUAUCCAGUCAUUCACUAGACCAAGCAAAUUUUAUACUGAAAGCCCUUGUUCAACUACCUUCAUGGAAUAUCAUUUGUUCCAGCAGCUCCAUUGACUUGCUGCUGUGCUUCACUAAUCUCUCCGUCCCCAGGAGCAAGUCCAGAUGGAUUCCCUAUAAAAUGAUCCCAGAGGAUUGGGGAGGAGGCUUGAAACAUCUUUUCCAAGCAUUUGCUGUGAUGACUAGAUUUCAGCUUUGUUGCUUUUCAGUUGUAGAUAGUGAAACUCUUUUUGCCAUGAUCCACGAAACUAAACUGUAUCAUGAAAGUUAGGCAUUUCAAAUUAAUGAAUUAAAAUAAUUUUAGUUUGUA